AUGUCUCAUUUCAACACCUAUACCAAUAAUACUCAGUCAUCACUUCACGCAACAACCCAUGGCAUCCUCAUCAUCUCCCUUUGGCUGCCAAGGGAGUUUAUAUCAAAGAAGAAUCCACAUCAAGACAACAUAGCAGAUAGGAAGUACCUCUACUCGGCCACAAAGCUUGACACAGCUGGUGUGACCUUCGAGCCUGCGCGCAAAGGAACAUGCUUAACUGAUGUGAAGAUCUCUAAGAAGAAGAUUAUUCUCAAGUUCACACCAUUCAUAAAGGGUAUGCGGCUGAAGCUUCCCGAGCUGAAGUUAGAGAAUGACACAGAGAGUCUGCUGAGAAAUGUGAUGGCCUUGGAGCAGUGUCUUUACCUUGAUGAGGACUACAUAUGUGGCUAUGUGGCUCUAAUGGAUCAGCUCAUAAACACUGGUGAAGAUGUUGAGUUUCUUGUGGACAAGAAGAUUCUGACCAACUUGCUUGGGAGUCACAAGGAAGCAGCCAAGUUGAUCAACGGUCUUUGCAAUCAAAUUCCCCGGGAGAAGUCUUACUAUGCUAGAUUUUACAAUGAACUCAAUACGUUUUAUGAGAAUCGUUGGAAUGUUACCAGAGCAACUCUGAAAAAGGUUUACUUUAAGGAUCUUUGGACUGGUAGUUCUACCGUUGUUGGACUUUUUGUGCUGCUUUUUACAGUCUCUGCUACACUUAAGAAUGUCUACUUUAGACAUCUCUAA